AACAAAAUUCCAGAUUCUUUAUUUCUUUCGUUCUCAACUAAUCCACCUCCCCCAAUAAUAAUAUAAACAAUUCACUAAGCGCCAAAAUUUACCAGUCCACUAGUGGGCCCAUUCUCGUUGGCGGACCCAGUGACUGCCUUCCGUGGCCCCUUCCAUUUUUCGUUUUUCCUCAUUUUGUUAUUUCGCUGAAGCGUGGUCGCCCGAGGCAGCUGGAGGGAGGCUUUGACGAAUCGAGAUCAAGCUCCUCAUAGAUCCAAAGCUGUUUUUAAGGCACAAACAAGAAAGAAAAGGACAUGGACGAGGUGAUGACGGCAGCUGAUGCGACCUCAUCCAGAGGCAGCGAAUCGACGUCGUUUGCGUUGUCUCCGUCGUCGAAUCUGCUUCCGAACAACCUCCCUCUUAUCACGGCCUUCCUCGCCUUCGCUCUUGCUCAGUUCCUCAAACUCUUCACCAAUUGGUUUAAAGAAAGGCGAUGGGAUUCUAAGAGAAUGCUUGAUUCAGGUGGUAUGCCAUCAUCUCAUUCUGCAACUGUGACAGCUCUAGCAGUUGCUAUAGGUCUACAGGAUGGGACAGGAGGACCAGCUUUUGCAAUUGCAGUGGUCUUGGCAUGUGUUGUGAUGUAUGAUGCCUCAGGUGUCCGACUUCAUGCUGGCCGUCAAGCUGAACUGCUGAAUCAAAUUGUGUGUGAGUUUCCCCCUGAACACCCAUUAUCUAGUGUGAGGCCUCUGCGUGAAUUACUUGGGCAUACACCACUCCAGGUCUGCUUCUCUCUACACUGUACAAAUAGCUAAAAUAACUACUGUCUA